AAUUUGUUAUCUUUAGGAUAACAUAUAAAAGUAGUGAAUGAAGGUCAAAGAUCAUCAGCCAGUAGUGCUGCAAUCAUUUGUUGUUAUUGUUGUUGUUGAUAUUGUUAUUGUUGUGCUUAUUGUUGUUGUUGUUAUUGUCGUUGUUGUUUUCGUUAUUGUUAUUGUUGUUGUUGUUGCUAUUGCUCCUGUUGUUGUUGCUGUUAUUAUUGUUGUUGUUAUUGUUAUUGUUGUUGUUGCUAUUGUUGUUGUUGUUGUCGUUAUUAUCGUUAUUGUUGUCGUUACUGUUGUUAUUGUUGUUAUCGUUGUUGUUGUUGUUUGUUGUGUUUGAUGUUAGAGAAAGAAGGAGUGGAGUGGAAGUGGAUUAUUAUCAACGAGUUAAAACAUUUGAAUGAAGC